CUAUUUUGUGCAAUAUAUGCGAUGCAAAUGAGCUAAUUAGGUUCCGCUGAAACAUGCCUAACAAAUUACAUAAGUUCAUAAAGUUAUUUAUGUUAAAUUGCAGCAUAGUAGGAAUUUAUAGGCUUGUAAAAUAUCACUGUUUUGACUGGAUUUACUGUUUAGACGCCCCUUAACAUAUGGACUUCAAUAUCAAAGAUGCUGCUUCUCUUUUCCGACAGAGUAGACACUGUUCGUAUAAAAAUGUACAUAAUGACGGCCAGUAUAUAAACUAUAUCUAAUAAACACAGAUAAAGGAACAACAAUAAUUACAGACAAACCAAAUACAGAGACGGAGCACGCUAAACUAUCUCUGGAUUGCAAAUAUUUAUUAUCAAAUUAUCUGAAUAUUAAUAAAAGAAGCUCAAACUAUUGGUUAAUGGCGUGAGGUACAACUGUUUGAUAUUCUUACUUUCAAUUGAUCACAUCAACUCUUGUCGGAGAUAACUUUAAUCAAUCUAACAGAAAUCAAACCUUGUCUUGAUAAUUAUGUCCUAUUAGUUCUAGGUAAGAAUGUGUGUAAGCCAAAAUUCUCUCUUAAAAGAGCUUCCAUUGAUUUACAGAACCACGGGAUAUUGAUGCAGUGUACAAACACUCUCUGGAAGUUGAACUACGAAAUAUAUUCUUCCAACAAAAUGAUUACCAGAAACAUACUCGACCUGUUAGCAGGGUAGCUGUGAACUUAACGCUUAGUAUCAUCACAUUCAACUCUUUGGAUGUCCGUAACCAGGUUCUAACCACUACUGGCUUUUUCAGUAUGGCUUGGAACGACGUAAGGCUAGAUUGGAGUUCACUCAGAGCUUUUAGCUCUCAUAUCCCAGCUUUUUAUGCGGAUGAGGACACAGUAUGGCGACCACCAAUCAUAAUAGAAAACUCUGUAAGCGACAUAUCCGUGAUGAGCGAUAAAUCUAUCCCUAUACGAGUAUUUCACACUGGCGAUAUGACUUGGAAUCCUUCUGGGAUAUAUAAAACGACGUGUGAUACUGACGUCACCUUCUACCCUUUUGAUACCCAAGUGUGUGACAUCAGUAUAAGUACAUGGGGGUACACGGCAUUUGAAAUAGCUCUGAAUUUAGAUCCACUUCCGCUUGAUAUGACCCACUUCAGGAAAAAUGGAGAGUGGAAAUACAUUUCCUAUUCUACCAGCAGUUACGUUAGAGGCAGCAGAGAAAAGUCAUUUUCAGUAACAACUUUCCAACUGAAAUUAAAACGUCGACCAAUGUACCAUGUACUUAAUACUUUGACACCAACCAUACUUCUGGCAUUUCUAAGUUGCAUGACUUUCAAGCUGCCAGUCCAGUCUGGAGAGAGGAUAGGAUUUUCACUGACAGUUUUGUUGUCCUAUGCUGUUUACCUGUCAGUUUUGUCCGAGCAUAUACCAACGACUUCAGUGACCACGUCCCUACUUUCUCUGUAUCUGUUAUUCAUCUUAACCGUAGGAAUGAUAUCAGUCCUAUUGACGAUAUUGGUUUUGGAGUGCCAUCAUUCAGACCCGAACACAAAAGUUCCAAAUUGGCUACUUAAGACAGUCGACGUGCUGAUGGUGAUAAGCUUCAGAAGGAGAGAAGGACGUUCCCUUUUCCGAUGCUGUCCAUGCGCUAGAAACAAAAACAAUAUUGAGAGUAUUGACUCGGUGAAAGAGCCAUCAGGAAGUCUUGGGAAGGAAUCGAAAGCAAUGGAAGUGGCGCAAAACAAUGACGUCAUGCAUUUUGCCGUUUCGUGGCUGGAAGUUGGACGUUUGUUGGAUGGAUGUUUCUUGAGGAUUUUCUUAUUUGUUGUUCUCCUAGUCACCUUUAUGUUCUUAAUGGCACUUUGCAUUGCAUAUGGCAUAUAUGAGGAUACCUUUGAUGAAAAUAUGUAACUGUUGUUUCCAUCUGAUUAGCGUAUUUACAUAUAGUGUUUAAUACUGUUAAUAACAUGUACAACUUUGGACUUUCUUAUCCCAAGCAUCAGUCUUUUUGUCCCUAUAUCAAAUAAUUCUCAACUGAUAAAGUCUUUUUGUACCUGUAUCAAAUAUUUCUCAACUAAUAAAGUAAUAAAGCGAUGAAAUAAUAUAUAUGGUAAAAGAAUAGUUGCGAGUUUGAGUCUCUGAUAAACGGAAUCUGCUAAAAAUCCAAUGGACCACGUUGCAAAAUUCAAUAUUACAAAGAUCAUUUGUGUAUGUCACGUCAAAGAUGAAUUUGUUUUAGUGUAAUGUUUUGACUGUCAGACUAAUAGCCAGUCUUGUAACAUAUUUUCAGUUCAUUUUAUAUCAAACUUAACCAAUAGAACAAAACACAGACAGCUGAAUAUAUACAAUAUAAGCUCAAUAAUUUAAUUGAUUAAGUUGGGGAUGAUAUUCACAAUGAAGUACAAAGUACAUGCAUAUACAACAUGACAAUUAUCAUACACUGAUAUCUAGAUCGUGUGCUUGGCAGUUAAGAACUCUUAGUACGAGAGUACUACGUUGUGAAAAUAAUAUCAAUAGACCUGAUGAUAUUCGUACUUCUCUUGUACCAGACCACUUUAGAGAGAUAGCAAUGCUAUUUUUACAAUCUCUGACUCCAUAAUAGAUGUAAAAGUGUCUGGUAUGCGAGUAUAUUAAGUAAACUGCAUUCCAUCACCCACCCGUCUGGUCAGCGGCUAUAAACUAAGUAUGGCUCCGAGCAGGCGAUGUCUCUCCGGAAUUAUUGCGCUUUGAAUUUCCCUACCAGCGCCUGAACUACCACAUCUCAUUUCCAGUACAAAAGAGUUCCAGUACUAUAUUAUUGUGGGUUUCGCUCACGCUCUCUCACACAAAGGGAAAUGUAUUAUAUUACGAAUGAAACUAUUUCUCUUAGCUCAUAAAGUAUUAAUGAUGAAUGGAAACAACCCUGGAAACAUAUAACAAUUUAACGGUAAAAAUACUUUGCAAUUAAUCGCAGUCGUCAACAUCCUUAACUUAUAUCGCUGCACACUACAUAUGUACUAAUAUUCACAAGCAUGUUUCGUGUUUUCAAUGUAAAUAAUUUCCACACAUAUAUGAAUAAAUAUAAAUCACCAUUAUCAUUUGUAAGACACUUAUUUGUUACAGUAGAAUAUUUUUAUAUACAUGUAUAUAUAUAUAUAUGCCUUACUGACUUUCUGUAUCGUGUCUUAACUUUCAACGGCAGUAAGACUACAGGAGAAUGAUUCCAAAAGUUAAAUGAAUAACCCAAUUAUCGUUACAUCAGUAUAUACAAUGUAAUUGUAUUGU